AGAAUUAACUGAGAACAAGCCAUAAUGUUCUCAGAACUGGCCUUGACGGGAGUUGCUAUAGCGUUUUUAGCUUUUUUGUGGAACAAAUAUUCAAGCAAUCUCCCACCAAACUUGCCACCAGGACCGACGGCAACGUCGCUUUUUGGAAAUUUUAAGGAUUUGGACAUAAAUGGAGUGCACAAGAGCCUUCAUGGCAUUUUCGAGAAGUUUGGGCCAGUUGUACACAUCCGAUUAUUGCGGAGGAAUAUUGUUAUAUUAAACACAUCAGAAGUGAUGAGAAAAGCCUUCGAUACAGCAAAAUUUGAAGAAUCGCUGAAUGACAAAGCAAAAGGAUUUUAUGGUACAUACCUGGUAUAUGGGCAUGCUGAUAUAUUGCUUGGUCCAUACAACGAGAGAAUGUUCAAGCUGAAAAACGUUAUGCACAAAGGGCUUAUGCCCUCAAUGUCUAGUGCUCAACUAAAAGCAGAGUUAGGGGAACUUAUUGAUGCUUUUAAAGAUAAAGUUGGAAAGGACUUUUGUCCUAGAAGGAGCGUUGAAUCAAUAAUUGCUAAAACCUUGACGAUGUUGAUUGCAGGUGAAUGUGCCGAUAAUGAUCAGAAAAUUAUUUCUGACUUCGUGUUAUGGUCAAACAAAUUGCUUAAUCCGAGAAUUGAGAGCUUGCUAAAGAACUUGCCGUUUCUUCGUCACCUUCCCGGCGAACCAGGCACUAUGUAUACCACCGCCAAGAGCAAGAGAGAUAUCCUUCUUCAAAGAUUUCUCACUGAUUAUCGUGAAACAUUCAAACCAGGAGUAAAUCGUGGACUAGUUGACACCUGUUUAAACAUACAGGAAACAGAAAGACAAAAGGACGGAUCAUGUUGGCUUACUGAUGAUAUGAUCAGGGCACUCAUACUUGAUACAAUAGGAGGAGGAUUUUUGUCCACAUCAAACACAAUUCUGGCUGCAAUAUUAAACCUACUACACCAUGAAAGCUGUCUUAAGAAGAUGACAGAAGAGAUUAUUACAGUCUUGGGGAAAAGAACAUUAUGCACUUGGGCUGAUGUAAAAAUCAUGCCGUACAGCUUUGCAGUCGUGCUCGAAACCCAGAGAUACUCUACAAUUGUUCCGAUUGUUAGUCAUUACUGUUCACAGAAAGAUGUCGAAUUCGAAGGGUUUACGAUACCAAGUGACACAAUGGUCUGGGGUAAUAUUUGGUCAGGUCAUCAUGACGAAACUGUUUAUAAAAAUCCGUGGACAUUUGACCCGGAGAGGUUCCUCGACAAUAUGGGAAAUCUUUUGCCAGAAGAUAACCCUGCUCGUAAAAGCCUUAUCCCCCUUGGAAUUGGAAAGAGGUAUUGCGUUGGGAGUGAUUUUGCAAUGUCUAGACUAUUUACUUACAUUGUAACAAUGGUACAACAUUUUGAUAUUCUUCCACCAAAAGACACGGAACUCCUUUCUGGUGACCCAAAUCGCUAUUCCAGUGGGGCAGUUUUACAAGUAGAAGAUUAUACUCUAAGAGUGGAAAGGAAAACAUAAUUGUGCUAUAGUUAUGAACUAAAAUAUAUCCAAAUAUAAUACAAAAUAUGCCAGAACUAUCACGAUUGCAUUAGCCGUCACACGGGCAAUGAACACAAUUGCGUUUUUCUAUAUUUUUUAAACUUACUCGAAAUAUAUUUUAUGCUUUUCUGAACAUUUUAAAGGCUACCUAUUUAAAUGUCUGAGGUUUGAAAAGUCUGGAAAAUCUGUUUUUGUGUCUCUUAUUGAGAGAAAAAUGUUUUGUAACAUAUAAAUAAAAAUGUAAUGUGCGAUUAACAUAGCUAAUAUUAAGUGUUAUGUAACAUAUAUGUCAUAAUCGUUCUCAGCUGAUUUGUUCGGAAUGAAGUUGAAGGAAUAAAAUUGCAUGCUGUGUUUGUAUUAUUACAAAUAUGAAGGGAGCAACACGGAAUAACUGUUUUAUCAUCUAACAUAUCUUAUGUUAAAAUAGUAUU